GCAGGCCCAGAGAGGCGUGGCUGGGAGAAAUAAAAGAUUGCAGAACAGAACAAGCUGAAAGUGAAAUGUAAGGCAGUGACUGACUGACUAUGGAUCUGAAGGAGGGUUCCUAUGCUGUGCUGAACGAUGGCCACAAAAUGCCAGUGGUUGGGUUUGGGACUUAUGCCCCAGAGAAGUAUCCCAAAAGUCUGGCAGAAGAUGCAACAAAGAUAGCAAUUGAAGUUGGAUAUCGGCACAUUGAUUGCGCGUUUGUAUAUGGCAACGAACGGGAGGUUGGCCGCGCAAUAAAGGCAAAAAUUGCAGAUGGGACAGUGAAGAGGGGCGAUAUCUUCUACACUGGGAAGCUUUGGUGCAAUUUUCAUUCACCUCCCAUGGUUCGUCCGGCCCUGGAACGAUCCCUGAAGGAUCUACAACUGGAUUACAUGGAUCUGUUUAUCAUCCACUAUCCUAUUGAAUUUAAGCCUGGAGAUGAUGUCUUUCCAAAGGAUGAAAAUUGCCACUUUAUUUACAACAACACAGACCUUCGAGACACAUGGAAGGCUAUGGAAGAGUGUAAAGAUGCUGGACUUGUAAGAUCAAUUGGUGUCUCCAACUUUAACCGCCGGCAGCUGGAACUGAUUCUCAACAUGCCCGGCCUGAAGUACAAACCAGUCUGUAAUCAGGUGGAAUGUCACAUGUAUCUAAAUCAGAGCAAAUUGCUGGCAUUCUGCAAGUCUCAGGAUAUUGUGCUGGUUGCAUAUGCUGUUCUGGGUUCAAGCAGGGAUGAGAAGUGGGUAGAUCAAAAUUCUCCUGUGCUUGUUGAAGACCCUGUGCUAAACACAAUUGCUAAAAGACACAACCGUACCCCUGCUCAGGUGGCCAUGCGGUACCUGCUACAAAGGGAAAUUGUUGUCCUUGCAAAAAGCUUUACUCCUGCCAGGAUCAAACAGAACUUCCAGGUCUUUGACUUCCAAUUAAAUGAGGAAGAUAUGAAAACUCUUGAGUCACUUAACACAAAUAGUCGCUAUACGCCAGUGACUAUGUGGAAGGAUCACCCCGAAUACCCAUUCCAUGAUGAAUAUUAGAAGGAUGGGAUUCCAUAAACCUGCAUCUUCAGCUGAUCAGCAUCUCACUUCUUACAGUUACAUUAUUUCCUGUCAUUGAGUAAACAUUGGCAACAAAUCCAAAUCAUCAGGAGUCUUGAAACAAUAUAUUUUACCUUUUGUAUUUAAAGUGAUGGUAAAGUUUCCAAUUUGCAUAAUCAGAUGCAGAAUGGAAAUGAUAAUUUUAGUUGGACUUUAAAUUGUCUGUUCUAAUGUUGAUACUCUAUAACUUACUUUUUAAUAUAGCAAUGAAAUUAUAACAUCCUGUGCUCCAGUCGCCCACUUCCAAAAUAAUGUUUUUUUUUUGUGACUUUACGGUUUCGACUGUUCCCCAAUCUGUGCCUAGCCACAAAAAAUAAAUAAAUCUGAGUGCCUUAUGGCUUGAACGUGGAUUGGAGAACAGUUCAAACAGUUGGCUCACAAAAAAAUUACUUUUGAAGUGGGCUGCCAGAUCACGGGGUAUUAUAAUUUCAUUGCUAUAUUAAAAAGUAAGUUAUAGGGUAUUUUCAUUAGAAUGGAUUAAUUAAAGUCCAUCUAAAAUAUUGUUCCCAAUCCAGAUCUGAUUAUUCAAAUUGUAAGCUUUACCAUUACUUUAAAUAUAUAUAAUUUAAUAUAAUUGUUGUGAUCAACCCUUUCUUUAAGAAUCUUCGUUGUAAAGGAAGAGGCGUUAACAAUUACUAGUAACCGUAUCUUCAAAUAGUGUAUGAUUUAAAAAAUAAAACACUAAAAAACA